UUAAGGAUGACUCACACUAGAACGGCCCGGGUCCGGGCCGAAACAACAGACAGUUCAUUUGCUAUGUGUAUGACAGGUGACCGGUGAUCACGUGAUGUUCUAUGUAUAGAAAACGAAGUGUCGGAUGGCUAGGCCCGGGCCUGCCUAUAUGACAAACGGGUAUUUUAUGGAUCGCGUCAACCACUCGCAGAGGCUCUCUUCAUUUUUAACGAACUUCAAUACCAAUUUCAAAAGGAGGAGGUUCUCAAUUCGGUUGCAUAUGUUUUUUUAUGUUUCUUACUUCAUAACUCCCAUUUUUGUCAAAACCCAGUUCUGUUGAUGGGAUCUCUUCGUUAUGAUUGUUAAGCACGUUAGGUUCGCAAGCCACAUUUUUGUCAAGCUCGAGUUCUGAUGAUGGAUUUUAUGAGGAAUUGAGAGAACCCCUGGACUCUUAUAUCUUACUCGUAUAUGCAUACCUACGACGAUUUUUAAGUGUUUGUCUAAAAAACAAGCAUUUCCAUUUAAGAGAGAAGCAAGAAAGAAUAAAAUAUCUACAAUUAAAUAUUGCGUGUUGGUGAAAUGGAACUGAUGAAGACCAGAAUGGAACUUUACUGUGACAAAAGAUUAAAAAAUUUAUGAUUUGUAAUGUUUCCAAGUAGUAUUUUUUCAUGCGGUGGUUAGGCUAACAUUUUAAUGCUACAUUCAGCUGCAAAAUUACUUACUACUUACUGAUACUUCAUUAUUUACCUCUCGUACUAAUAAUGAAAGCCUCGCAAUGUCGCAAUGCUCAAGAUUUAACUUUUUAAAGCUCUCGCGGCUCUAUUUUGGAAAAUUUCUAUUUGUAAAUAACAACUUUGCUCCAUUACUAAAGAAAUAACCAUUGUUUAACAACCAAUUUUAUAAGGAUUUUGAUGGAUCACUUAGUAUACUAUGAUGCAUUUGCAUUGCAUUCGCGGGGAGGGCAUAUACCGAUACCUGUCUAAUACAUUACUGGCCUUGAUUGGUGACUUUUAUUUUCUCAAGAAUAGGUUGUACGAUUUUUCUGAUUUUUAUGUUCAUUAAAAUAAAAUCGCUAAUACGUGUAUAACCUACAUGUAAAAUUUUGUAAAAAAUUACCUAUCCAUUGUUAUACCAAUCUAAUUUUGGUAAAUCGAAUGAUCAUUUUAAGAAAAAUACAAGUAAUGUGGUCGCCUUGGGUGGAGAAUUGUUGAAUGUUUUGUGGAGAGUGCGCUACGGGCCCCUUGAUGUAGAUAAUUCGCUUGAGCGGUUUGUUUUGGCGCGGUGGUGGCGAGUUGGCGAGCUUGAGGAAAGCUCAGUGCGCGGGUAGUGACUCGGGCCGGCGCACGGCGCUCGCGCAGCUCACGCCGCCGCACCGUGACAUGUGCCGACUAUGGACUUGUGGAGCGGCCGCCCGCCCGCUUGCACCGCAUCCCCGCCCUUGACGAUCGAGGGCGAAGGGUUCGCUCUCACUUUCUUUAAUAAGGACGGCGCCACCCCCCCUCCGCCACCGAAACAAGUCGGCAGGUACGCCGCCGACAGCGCCAGCGCGGGCAGCGGGAAGGCGGCAGCGCCGUGCAAAGUGUGCGGCGACAAGGCGUCGGGCUACCACUACGGCGUCACCUCCUGCGAGGGCUGCAAGGGUUUCUUCAGACGGAGUAUUCAAAAGCAAAUAGAAUACCGCUGCCUGCGGGACGGCAAGUGCCUGGUGAUCCGGCUCAACCGCAACCGCUGCCAGUACUGCCGCUUCAAGAAGUGCCUCGCCGUCGGCAUGAGCCGAGACUCUGUGAGGUACGGCAGAGUACCGAAAAGGCCCAGGGAAGUGGUAAGCACCGAUAGCAUGCCCGACCUGAGCAGAAAUCUGUCCGCGUCGGGGGUCGUUCCCAUCGCUGGCCUUGAGGAGAUGGACGGUGACAGCCUGCGGCAUGGCGUGGCCAAGGAGCUGGCCAAAAUGGUGACGGCAGCCCACCGCACCAACAACUCCUACACCGAGGAACUUCGCCGCUCGCUCACGCCAAGGGCCAUCCUGCUACACGUCGACGACUCCGACAACGAAGGCAAUGGCGGCGAGGAGGCGGCGUCGUCAACGACAGACCGCGCGACGGAUGCGCGCGCCGCUCUGUGGCAGCACGUGGCGCUGCGCAUGACGCCCGCCGUGCAGCAGGUCGUCGAGUUCGCCAAGCGCCUGCCGGGCUUCCACACGCUGCCGCAAGACGACCAGCUCAUCCUCAUCAAGCUGGGGUUCUUCGAGGUGUGGCUGUCGAGGGUGACCCGGUUGUCGACCCCAGAUUGUAUCGUGUUCGACGACGGCACUACUAUUACUCAGAGCCAACUGGAUAUACUAUAUGACGUGGCGUUCUCAACGGGAGCGCUGCGCUACGUGCGCGACGUGUCCGCGGUGCACCUCACGGAGGAGGAGCUGGCGCUGUACACAGGCGCGCUGCUGCUCAACCCCGCGCGUGACGGCCUCAGUGAGCCCGAGCGCGUCAGCGCGCUGCACCACGCGCUCGCCGACGCCCUCCACCACACCGUGACGGGAUCGGUCGACGGCAGCGCGCGAGCCGAGGCGCUGGGCGCGGCCACGCGCGACGUUCAGGCGCUAGGGCUGCGUCACCACGAGCUGCUGGCGUGGUGCCGCGCGCACUGGCCGCGCCUCGUGCUGCCCGCGCUCUUUUCCGAGAUCUUCGACAUCCCCAAGAGUGAAGACGACGAGGCAGGCGACGCCGACCGCGCCGAAGCCACCGCGCCCGCCACCGCCGCCUGCCCGCCCACCGGGCAAGGCACCGCCUCAGUCACGCAAAUGCAGGGUUGAACAUCGAUCACCACCCGAAAGACUAUAGCAUUUCGGGGAGAGUAUAAAGCGAGCAUAGUGCCUAAAACGAGCACAUGUAAAAAUUUAAAAUUACGUAGGUACUCUUGCGUUACUUAUAUUUUCUUUCAGUCUAAUUCCCCUCACAACGUGUGUAUGUUGAAACAGAUUACAGUUAGUAUACGAUCGAACUAUAUUUAAAGACACGUAAAAACUGGCCAAGAGCAUGAGCAAGUCCUACUCAACAACACGAACUUUUAAAUUUGAUCGUUUAAGGUGCAGUAAGGUCAGCCAGGAGAGUCUUUGAAGAAUCGUAGCGCUAGGGCUCCGUAGUCAACUAUGAACCCUUAUAGUUUCCCCGUGUCCGUUUGUCCGUCCGUCCGCCGCUUUGCUUCGUGAUAGUUAGUGCUAUACAGCUACCAUUUGGCAUGGAUAUAUAAAUCAUGCAUGGCGACUAUUAGGGAUGGGUAGUGAGUAAAAACUAACGGGUAAAUACCGAGUAAAUACUCAGUAUUUACUCAAUAUAUACCCGCAUUUACUCAUUAACACCUAAGUUGGUCGGUAUAAUUUACUUAGAGUUUAGAGUACUGAGAGGGGCAUAUUUUGAAAUACAGGGUGUUUAUUUAGUCAACUUGCAAUAAUUUACGGGAUGGAGGUCAUACUGAGCAACUUUUACUAUAGGACCAACCCCGAAGUCACAAAGCUGCUUGGCUGUUUCAUACAUUUUGGCUGCUUGACUUUGACAUUUUCUAUGGGAGAGUAAAUAUUUUUUCGCGAUUUCGGGGUAGGUUGGUCCCUAAACAAACAACCUGCAUAGAUGUAUUUUGUAAGCCGCUACUGUAUUAAGUACUCUAAACCUUAAGAAGUAUAUAUUUAAGGGGGUCACUCCAUACAUGUAACUAAUUGUCACAAAUAUAAUCAGAAACCACGAACGUAUUGCACAUCAUAAAAUGGGUUUUGAAAAACAACUUUACUGUUUCUAAAAAAAUAUUGGAUAAAUUGAAUACUUUUGAAAAAAAUCUGUUUCAAAGGCCGAAAUAAUUUAUCAUUUCAUUCUUUUUUCUAACCAAAGUUCAAAAAAUAUGAAAAAAUAUCGAGAGAUUAGCCGUAAUUACUCAAAAAAAUACGUUGUAAAAGGUGGUAAGUGUCGCGUCAACACACACUUGCGCGACAUGCAGUUAUCUAAAACAUCGAUACAACUUAAGUCCCGAAUUUUUUAAGUAUAUCCUUCUUAAUUAAAACAAAACUAUGUAUUAUCACAAAUUGCUUUCCACA